AUGAAAUUGUGCAUAUACUCCUCUGUCUUAACUAUACUAUCGUUAUGCACCUUUGGAGCCCUUGCUCUAGAUAAUGCAUCAUUAUUAAAAGAAGCACGUAAGUCUUCUGACAAUAUUAUUAAUGUAUCGGGAAAAGAUUACGAGACCAUUCUUUCAGGCCAUCGUGAUGCUAAUAUAUUGGUUCUUUUUACUUCUAAUUCUCCUCAAUUUGGCUGCUCCCUUUGUGCAGAGUUAGAAUCAGAAUAUGAAGCCCUUGUUUCCUCAUGGUUCCAUGAUCAUCCUGAUGCUCUUUCUAAAGAUGAUUCAGAAAAGGCAUUGUUCUUUGCCAAAGCUAUGGUCAAAUCCCCACAAAAUAUCCCAAAAAUAUUCGCUGAUUUCGGUAUUGAACAAAUUCCUCGUCUUCAUUUAUUAAAAGCGGGUAGUAAUAAUAUGCUUGAUUCUGAAAUUGUUGAUAUCCCUGCUGAUAAAGAUAUUGCUCGUGUGCAACAUUUAAUUAAUGCCCUCAAAAGCGCUACUUCUAUCACGGAUUUCGAAGUUCAUGAAAAAGUCAAUUGGGGCUCUACCAUCAUCACAGCUGUAUCCGUCUUCAUUAUCGUCUUCUUAUUGAAAAAACAUACUUAUAUUGCCACAUAUUUAUUGAAUUCAAGACUAGUAUGGGGGGUCUUAUCAGUAUCUUUCAUCAUCUUAAUGAUAGGUGGUCAUAUGUUUAACAAAAUUAGAAAUACAAUGUUAGCGGGCACUUCGAAAAAUGGCGAAAUUAUAUAUUUCAUUCCAAAUGAUUUCCAAAACCAAUUUGCCAUUGAAACACAAGCUAUUGGUGUCGUUUAUGGGAUUUUAGCCACUAUGGUUGUCACUUUAGCAAUCGGAAUUCCUAAAUUAGGAGAAUUAUAUAAGGGUAAUAAACGUCGUUCAGUCGUAGAAGCCUCUUUCUCAAUACUAUGUGCAUUGUUCGUUUAUAUGUUCUUCGCUGCUUUGACUUAUGUUUUUAACCUGAAAACUGGAGGUUAUCCUUUCCAAUUAUUGAAAAUAUCUAGUUUAUUCCAUUAG